AUAAUAUAUGUAGGAAUAUAAACUAAUCAAUACUCGGGAGUUCCCUAAAGGUAAAUUGUUAUCUAAAGAAUGGCAUAUACGAAUUAAGAAUGGUUUUGUGUAUGUAUUUGCUGUUGAUCAUGAUUAGGAUUUUAAAAAGGGUUCUGUAAAAUUAAAUAAUUGCAUCCUUGAAACUAAAAUGAAGUAUAACCAAAUUUAUUACAAAGUCGUAAUCUCAAGUUUCCGAUCAAAAUUGAAAACUUAAAAUUUGAGAUAGUUAUAGUACAAGAUUAAUGUUUUCUGCUUAUGAAUGGAAGGAACGUGGAAGUUGUUGAAAUUCCCUAAUUGGAUUCACAAAUGUUAUUCCAAAGUUAAAAUCGAUUAUAAAAUCCCUUUUCUGACAAUCAAAUUCAAGAAAUGCUCGUGAUUUGUGAUAGUAUACUCUCCGCUUUAUUUGAUAUGGAUUUUCAUACUCAGUAGCAUCAUAUCAAUGAAUAAUUAUCAAAUUUGGAGAUAUUUCUAAAUUAGACUCAGAAUUAAGAAUUAAGAAACCAAAUUUAAGAUAAAAUUGAAUAGUUUAAUUAGAUUCAAUAAUCAAUGGCAUAACAAAUCAACUUUGAAUAAAAUAAACAGUAAGUGAAAAAAUCAAUAGUUAUCAAAGAGGUUAAGGACUUGAAUGAAGAAUAAUAACCAUAAAGACCAAGAAAUGAAAUACAACAGGACACUUGUUGUAUUAUUUGUAUGGACAGAGAUAUUACUCAUGCAUUAAUACCAUGUGGACAUUAAAAGUAUUGUGAAUAGUGUGCUCUUAUGUCUAUCGAUUUAAAGAAAUGUAGUAUCUGUUAAUAGCCAAUAACAGGCAGUAUUAGAAUUUUUCGUUGAUGUUAUUAAUACC